GAAAUUCCCAACACCACCACUGUCUGGAUGCAUUGCGUUUGAACGGCCCUCAUGGACGAAUUGCUGGACGGCCUGAAUGACGCACAGAGCAGUGCUGUGACCAGUCGUGCCUCAGUUCUCCAGGUUCUGGCACCUCCAGGCUCUGGCAAAACGAAGACCUUGACAGCACGCGUCGCGUACCUCGUCGCUCGUGAGGGCUUCAAACCAUGCAACAUUAUCGUCUGCACUUUCACGCUCAAGGCAGCGCGGGAAAUGAAAGACAGGAUACGUGGCAUGCUUGGGCAUGAACUCGAAUCGAAGCUCAUACUGGGGACUUUUCAUUCUGUAGCACGACGCUUCUUGGUUCGAUAUGGCCACGAGAUCGGAAUCAAGAAGGAUUUUGGAAUUGCCGACACCACAGACAGCAAGGCCAUGAUAAAACGCAUCAUAGCUCGUAACAACUACAGCAUUGAGCCUGAUCCUGCUCGCUCUCGGAUCUCUGGCCUCAAAGCGAAAGGGACAACGGCGGAACAAUUCGCAGCCACUAGCAACAAGGCCCAUCAACACGAACUCGCGCGCAUCUAUAGCGAAUAUCAAGAAACACUCAAGGCUUCGAAUCUCUUGGACUAUGACGACUUAUUGCUUCGAUGUACCGAACUAUUAUCUAUGCAUCCAACUUGCGUCUGUAACAUCGAGGCAGUCUUGAUCGACGAGUAUCAAGAUACCAACAACGUCCAGUACCAACUUAUGGCAUUGUUUGCUCAGAAACUCAGACGCAUCACCAUCGUUGGAGACCCGGAUCAGAGCAUAUAUGGUUUUCGCUCUGCUGAAAUCAAGAACCUGUAUCGUAUGCGCGAGGAUUACACCGACACCGUGGUCAUCAAUCUGGAGAAAAAUUAUCGCUCUGCCGGCAACAUCCUUCUUUCGGCACAGGCUGUUAUUGAACAGGACCAAAGCAGACCAAGUAAACUUCUGGUUCCCACUCAUUGUAUUGGCAUACAACCUACCCUUCGCCACUUGUUCACUAAAGAUGUCGAGGCCAGGUGGAUUGUGGAAGAGAUAGAGCGAUCAAGGAAUCUCACCGCGGGCGUGUUGAACUACGGCGAUUAUGCCAUCCUGCUGCGAACAUCGACACUUUCUAUGUCCAUCGAAAAGGCAUUGGCCAAAGCUGGCAUACCGUACAAGAUGGUCGGAGGGCGUCGGUUUUUCGACCGUGCCGAGAUCAGGAUUGUUUUGGACUACCUAAGGGUCAUCAAUCAACCUGAUCACAACGAUGCAUUGAUUAGGGUAAUCAACGUGCCGACAAGGAAAAUAGGAGACGUAACAAUCAAAGCUUUGUUAGACGAGGCCGAGACGGGAAAGAUGACCUUGUGGAGUCUAAUACUAGGUUAUGCGCAAGGGAAGCGUCGCCCGCGCACAAAAAUUGCGACACAAGCACAGAAAGGCAUCGACGCCUUCGUUAACCUGAUCUUGACAUCUCGGCGGAAACUUCUACCGGAGAACGGAGAACAAUGCAAUUUGUUUGAUCUUAUCGCACAUAUUCUCAAAAGGUUAUCUUUUCAAGCCUAUCUCAAAGGGGUGCAUAAAGAUAAUUGGGAGGAGCGCUGGGACAAUGUCAACGAACUUGCUACGCAGGCAUCGCAAAUGGCAUCAGCUUCAAUUGACGAUUCCGACAUGUUGCCAGUCGUGGAAGGCAUUGAACAACGACAGGAUACCGCUGCCGACAUCUUAUCCAAAUUCCUCGCAAACGUGGCUCUCGCAACCGAGGUAGAGAAACCGGAUGGAGAGGAUCAACAGCAAGUAACUAUCUCGACCAUCCACGCUGCAAAGGGUCUAGAGUGGCCGGCAGUCUUCAUCCCUGGCGUAUACGACGGCUCAAUACCGCACUCCAGAGCUGAAGAUCACGAUGAAGAGCGGCGGUUACUUUAUGUCGGAAUGACUCGAGCCCAAGGCUUGUUGUACCUUAGCUGCCCACACAAACAGUCAUCCAGUGAAGAGACAACGGUCUCCAAAUUCGUUUCAACUUCGAGAAUGCUCAAGCUCUUCAGCCCCCAAGGGCCCACGUUUUGUCAGCAGACGAUCCGCGAUCUUGGUGGCAUACUUGCAAGGCCUUGUCCAACUAUGGACUUGAUUGAGGCUGCACGUACCAAUGAGGAGUGGGCCGAAGAUAUUCGAUACCCAUUGACUCGCAUGGAGAUGGAUGGGGAUGGAAGCUCAGGGGCCUGGUCAAAUCCUCAUCUUGAUGACGCCCGAUCUAAAUGUUUGGAUGUCAAUGUCACCGUGCAGCAGCCGUACAAACGUCGCAGACUAGACUCUUCAGGCCCUGUUAGAACUUACAGUGCUUCCACCACAAUGCAAUCCAGUUACUCCGUCGCCAAUACCACCCUGACGGCUACUCUGCCAGGGUUCACGACUGCAAGCGCCGUCAAGAGUAGCCAGGACCGUCUCGCCGAGGAAGCAAAAGCUUUCGGUGCUGUCGUUCCCGCAUCAACUGCAGCAGCAGGCAAGUCCGUGUUCAGUCAGGUGACGAAGGCUGGUACAGAUAAGUCUGGCCCCAAACCACCGAAAGUCAGAUCGUUUGGGCAGGGUACUAUCACGAAUUUCUUUAGCAAAUCAUCUAUGGUCCGCACCGAGCCGGUUGAUCCAUCAUCUCAGCUCUCUACGACGCACCCAUUGUUAUCGCACUCUCAAUCUUUGAGUAUGACCACUGCGCCAUCUAACAAGAUUGCUCUUAUAAACUCGACAAGCAGUAGUAAUGUCGCUCGCAAGCCACUCAAUGUUCCUAUGAUCGGCAGGCCAAGAAAACUGUCGCCAGAGCCGUAUCAGGACAAACGGUACAUUCUCUUAUCCAGUUCACCGACUAAACCCGAUGAUCACGCUCCAUGUGGGCCUUCCUCUAGCAAUGGUGAUAAAGGAAGUAUAGUCGAACCUGUCAACCCAGUACAAUCAACGAUGCAUCGUGGAUUUUCGGCCGUCAAGCCUGCCGUGACUCUUCACGACACUUCCACUGGACAUCCAAAAAACAGCAGUGGAUCGUCGAGGAGAGCACUGGGUAUGCGAAAGGCAAUGCAACCUUGGAGUGUGAAACAUCGUCAACCACCUUGUCCACGGCGCUAGAGAGCAAUAAGGAGAUUGAAAUGAUUAAUGAAAGGUUUAGACCUUUUGGGAACGAGCUAAAAUAUUUACAACACACCGUGUGUUCACUAUUUGUCUUCGGUAUUGGUCGCGUUAUCAGGUAUACCCCAAAUGAAAACUCUAUUUUUAUCUUAAAGUGAUUAUCAAAGAGGGUCUAAUCUCGUCUGCAUCAUACUUAUAGUUCGGCGCCAAACAGUGAAGGGAGAAAUAAGUUUAUCGUUAUUUAGUUAUCAAGGUCAUUUAGCACCCAUCGGCCGCGCCUCACAAUGGUCACUCCUCAAGUGCCC